GUUCUUUUUCCCUUUCUCUCGUUCUCUUUCCCCGGCUCGCCGGCCGUUGAUUGCUGCAACAAGGAACCAAGAUGGCGACGGCGGGCGGAGAUUGCGACGUGAUUAUGGCGCCCGCAGCAGCCCCAAUGGUGGCUUCGCAUUCCGAGGUGCCACCGAUGUUGAGCGAAGAGGACGAGGGGACGCGCAGAGAAGCAGAGUCCUUCAAGGAGCAGGGAAAUGCAUUUUAUGCCAAAAAGGACUACAAUGAAGCAUACAACUACUAUACAAAAGCCAUAGAUACAUGUCCCAGCAAUGCCAGUUAUUAUGGAAACCGUGCUGCCACUCUCAUGAUGUUAGGCAAAUUUCGGGAGGCACUGGGGGAUGCUCAACAAUCAGUCAGGAUGGACGAUAGCUUUGUGAGGGGACAUCUGCGGGAGGGAAAGUGCCACCUAUCUCUGGGGAAUGCCAUGGCUGCCAGCCGCUGCUUCCAACGAGUUCUAGAAUUGGAUCAUAAAAACACACAGGCUGAGCAAGAGUUGAAGAGUGCCGGAACUGUUCUAGAAUAUGAAAAAAUUGCUGAAGUUGAUUUUGAGAAACGGGACUUCCGAAAGGUUGUAUUUUGUAUGGAUCGUGCUCUAGAAUUUGCCCCUGCCUGCCAUCGCUUCAAAAUCCUGAAAGCAGAAUGCUUAGCUUUGCUAGGUCGCUAUUCUGAAGCCCAGUCUGUUGCAAGUGACAUCUUGCGAAUAGAUGCAACAAAUGCUGAUGCUCUCUACGUCCGAGGCCUUUGCCUUUACUAUGAGGACUGCAUCGAGAAGGCUGUGCAAUUCUUCAUCCAGGCACUAAAAAUGGCUCCUGACCACGAUAAAGCCUGCCUUGCUUGCCGUAACGCCAAAGCACUGAAAGCAAAGAAAGACGAUGGUAACAAGGCUUUCAAGGAAGGGAAUUAUAAGCUGGCCUUCACACUUUAUACAGAGGCCCUAGCAAUAGAUCCAAAUAACAGGAAAACCAAUGCCAAACUGUACUGCAAUCGUGGAACUGUUAAUUCCAAGCUUAGAAAGCUAGAUGAAGCAAUAGAAGACUGCACAAGUGCCAUCAAACUGGACGACACAUACAUUAAGGCCUAUCUGAGAAGAGCGCAGUGUUACAUGGACACAGAGCAGUAUGAAGAUGCUGUAAGGGAUUAUGAAAAGGUUUACCAGACAGAGAAAACAAAAGAACACAAGCAGCUGCUCAAGAAUGCACAGAUGGAACUGAAGAAGAGCAAGAGGAAAGACUACUACAAGAUCCUGGGUGUAGACAAGAAUGCCUCUGAAGAUGAAAUCAAAAAAGCAUACCGGAAACGGGCCCUGAUGCAUCACCCAGAUCGGCAUAGUGGAGCAAGUGCUGAAAUCCAGAAAGAGGAAGAAAAGAAAUUCAAAGAAGUUGGUGAAGCCUUUACCAUUCUCUCUGAUCCAAAGAAAAAGGCCCGCUAUGACAGUGGCCAGGAUCUAGAGGAAGAUGGCAUGAAUAUGGGAGAUUUUGAUGCUAAUAAUAUCUUCAAGGCUUUCUUUGGAGCACCUGGAAGUUUUAGUUUUGAAGCUUCUGGACCAGGGAAUUUCUUUUUCCAGUUUGGCUAAGCUGCAGAACAGAUCCAUUUCAUCUACUGAAAUCCAGAGUUUCCCUGACCUGCUUCUUUUAACUUCAAGUUCCAUCCUCCCUUCAUUGCAUCUCAGCGUUUCUUAGGGCUGUGGCGUUUUCUCUGUUGGAAACAUCAAUUUUUGUGUGUGCU